GGCGAAAAAGUAAAAACAACUGCAAAGCCACUGGCAGAUGACACACAUCCGAGAAAUGCUCCGGCCUCCGGUGAAAAUGUGGCGGCACCACCGCUCAAUCGACGUCCAUAUGACAAACGCCGCCACAAUGAGCCACAACCCUUCUCUCUAUUCUUCUCAGACUCUAUCAGUGAAGGCAUUAAUCAUCUCACUCUCAUCAAACCCUAACGCACUCUUAUCAUCACCAGGGCCACCACGUCAAUCAGUAAGAACGAAUCCCCCUCGCUCUCACAUAAACCUUCGCCGAUUAUCGUAUCCAUCAUCUUCACCAAUUGCAAUGACGGGAUGUGGGUACUUUGGUUAUAGUUCGACAUCCAGAGCUGCUAGAUGUUUUUCUUAUUUCUCGUCUUCCUCCUCGUCGCCGUCGGUGUCGGUGGCUGAUACAACUGAGUGGCAUGAACCUAUUACGGUGACCGAGGUUGAUGAUUCGUAUAAUGAUGGUGUGACUGAGGAGGACCUGAAGCCUUCAAUUCCCGUCAGAGCUUAUUUCUUCUCUACCAGUGUGGAUUUGAGAAGCUUAGUGGACCAAAACAAACCUAAUUUCAUCCCGCCUACAUCACGCAUGACUAACUAUGUCGUCCUGAGGUUUGGCAGCACCAAGCCUGAGCUUACUGGUUCGGCUCCUAGUAUAAGUGGGAGCGAUUGCUGUUAUAUGGUAGUCUUCCAGUAUGGUUCGAUUGUCCUGUUUAAUGUUCGUGAUCAUGAAAUUGAUGGGUACCUGAAAAUCGUUGAAAGGCAUGCUUCAGGAUUGCUAAAUGAGAUAAGAAAAGAUGAAUAUGAGGUCAAAGAGAAACCAACCCUGAACACAUGGAUGCAAGGUGGAUUAGAUUAUAUAAUGCUGCAGUAUUUGAAUACUGAUGGGAUCCGUACAAUUGGUAGUGUUCUAGGUCAGAGUAUUGCUCUUGAUUACUAUGUUCGCCAGGUUGAUGGGAUGGUUGGAGAAUUCACUGAUAUUAACCGUGGUAUGGAAAAAACUGGAACUUUUACAAUGAAGAGGAAAAAGUUAUUUCAAUUGGUGGGGAAGGCAAAUUCGAAUCUUGCUGAUGUCAUUCUUAAGCUUGGACUUUUUGAAAGAUCUGAUAUUGCCUGGAAGGAUGCUAAAUAUGCUCAGAUUUGGGAGUAUCUUAGAGAUGAAUUCGAGUUGACUCAGAGAUUUGCUAGUUUAGAUUUCAAACUGAAAUUUGUGGAGCAUAACAUUCGUUUUCUUCAAGAGAUCCUUCAGAACAGAAAAUCAGAUUUUCUGGAAUGGGUCAUUAUUGUACUCAUAGUUGCUGAAAUUCUUAUUUCUGUUUAUGACAUUGCUCAUAAGUCUGUUACAUCUCUAUAGCACAUUUUUGUAUAUCACUUGGAGAUAGAAGAGAGUUCUUCUCUAAACUUCCUAAUGCUCAGGUUCAAUGUCUAUACAUACAUAUAGAGGUUUUUUUACACAUUCUUUAUCAAUGUCUCAAUCUUCCUUUUUCUUGUAAAUUGAUGUUUAGAACAUGCUGUUCAGAGUAUAUUAAUCAUUCUGCUAUUUUAAAUGUAAAAUAAAAAAAAAAAAAAAAGUUGGGUG